GCUGUGAUUCAAGUUACAGUCUGACCCGCAGCUUGUGCCUGUGAAGCCAUGGCAUCCAGUGAGGAGGAAGGGUCUGCGGAGGAUAAGGAAAACACCAAGAAAAGAACACUUGGUACUUUGGCAACAGCAUGGCUCACCUUCUACAACAUUGCCAUGACCACUGGGUGGCUUGUUCUUGCCAUUGCCAUGGCUCGGUUUUACUUGGAGAAAGGAACACACAAGGGUUUGUACAGAAGUAUUCAGAAGACACUUAAAUUUUUCCAGACAUUUGCUUUACUUGAGUUGGUCCACUGCGCACUUGGAUUGGUGCGCACAUCGGUGCUAGCAACAGGGGUCCAAGUCAGUUCAAGAAUCUUCAUGGUGUGGUUGAUAACUAAUAGUAUAAGACAGAUCCAAAAUCAAGAGAGCGUUCUCAUUUUUCUUGUUGUGUGGACGAUGACAGAGAUCACACGAUAUUCCUACUACACAUUCAACCUUCUCAACCAUUUACCGUACUUCAUUAAAUGGGCCAGGUAUAAUUUAUUUAUUGUCUUGUAUCCCAUUGGAGUUGCUGGUGAACUCUUAACAAUUUAUGCUGCUUUACCAUAUGUGCGGAGGUCCGGAAUGUAUUCAUUGCGACUUCCAAACAAAUACAAUGUUUCUUUCGACUACUACUACUGUCUCCUUAUUGUAAUGUGCACCUAUAUACCAUUGUUCCCCCAGCUGUAUUUCCACAUGCUGCGGCAAAGGAGAAAAGUCCUUCAUGGAGAAGUGAUAGUGGAAAAGGAUGAAUAGUAUGGAAAUAUCAGAAGGAGUCUCUUGGCACGGAGUCCUUUCAUGAUCAUUUUUUUUUCUCAACUUGAAAGUAGUUUUGUCAUCUUUACAUAUUCCACUCCAUUGCUCUGUUCCCUUCCCCUCAUUUUUGUAUUGUAAAAUAACGUCAACAUCAUGCCAUUGUUCCCAUGCUUUCAUUGGGUGAGAAGGUACAUUUGUAUCACUAGUGAUCAUUAACAGUGAAUACGGACAAAUUAUUUAGCAUGAAACACCAGCCUCGGAUAGUGGAUCUUGCUUCUCUUUGUAAUAUCCGGAUUUUUCUUGGUAUUGUGAAGAACAUCUACAAGGUUGAACAAGUUGGCAAUAGAUCCAACUAAAUGAUUUUGUAGCUGCAACCUUUUUGAAAACCAAGGGCCAUAUUUAUCAAGCCAAAACAGAAGCAGUUAGGAGGUAAAAUGCUAAAUGUUUAGAAAUGUUUUAAUGGUUGGCAUGGUGAUUUCUUCAUUGUAAGCAAUCCCCUGCGUUAUUGCUUCAGCCUUUGGUUGGUAAAUAUGGCCUGCAGUAUCUUCUACAACAUUGGUACUCCAAAGAUUAUGAUUUUAGCAAAAGUCCCCUUUUUUGUUGAAGAAUUGGGUAAUCUCAAAAUCCUGGACUGUAGGUGGCCCUCAAUGAGUGAUUUAAGAAUCACAAAUCUGUUAUCCGUUUACAUUUGUAUUUUUCAGAUCAGCUGUGGAUGAUGUAAAAUAGAUUUGUGGACAGGACAAGCACUUUCCUUAACAGUAUUCUAUAUUUUCAGAGACCUCAGUAUAAUACUAUCGUUUAAAAAUAAUUACAUUUUUUAACUUCUUUAAAUAUAUAAUUGUUAAAUCAUGAAACAAUAAAAUAAAAACUUUUGUUUUCGUAAAGAA